CUCAAACUCUCUCAUCAAACUCAUCAAGUCAACAACAACUUUUUGCAACCCUAGCUAGCUUGCAUACUUAGUUAGCUAUACUAUACUACUCUUCUUCUUCUUCUUCUCUUCUUCUUCAUUGGAUCAAGCAAGGAGAGAGUAAUUAAUUAAGUAGGCAAUCAUGUGUGAGGGCGAGAAGAAGAAGGACUCGUCAAGCGGCGCGCUCUACUGCGUCAACCUCGCCCUCCGCAUCGUCGUCCUCGGGCUCGCCGUCGCCGCGGCGGCGCUCAUGGCGACGGCGAGCCAGUGCACCAUCUUCCUCUACUACGGCGGCCCUCUCCACACCAUCACCUACAAGGACUUUGGCCCCUUCGUGUAUUUGGUGGUGGCGAGCUCGAUCGGGGCGUUCAUGGAGGCGAUCGCCAUCUUCCUGACCAUCUGCAAGAAGAAGGACGGCACGCCGGCGAAGGUGCUCCUGCCGCUGCUGGACGCCGCCGUGCCGGUGCUGCUCUACUCGGCGACGGCCGCCGCGUUCGCCGCCGGCGACAUGUCGUACUGCGCCGUGGGGAAGCGCGUCGGCGUCUGCACCACCGCCGCCGCCGGCAACUUCUGCAACCAGGUGCACAUUGCCAUGUACGUCUCCCUCGCCGCCGGCGUCGCCCUGCUCGUCGCCGAGAUCGUCAAGCACUGGCCGGACUCCGGGAAGAAGAAGGAAGGCGGCGGCGGCGGAUGCGGGUCGGACUCCGACUCCGACAAGUCAACCCCUUGCCACCAUGGCUGCCAUAGCAAGCAUUAGUCGAGCUCUCUAGCUAGGGUACAUUUAAUUCUAUAAUCGAGAAAUUUAUACGAGAUUUUUAGAUAAAUUAAUCGUCGCUUGAUUAAUUUUCCAUAUAUUCUCAAACAAAAGAAAACCAAAAAAAAAAAAACAAGCCAUGCAUGCAUGCAUUUCUCAUGAGAGGCCAGUAAUAUAAUCAAGUGGCCUAGCUAUAUUUGUAUCAUGGAAAACUUGUUGUAAUUAAUUAAUGUUUGUGUGUGUCACUGUGUUUUAUUUUGUUUGGUUUUUGCUUGAUUAAUUACCAUGCAUGGAUCAUGGAUGCAGAUCGACUUGCAAUGAAAUUUUCCAUAUUACAUUA